AAAAAGAAAAAAAGAAAAAAAAAAAAAAAGAAGGAUUUUCUAUGUUACAGCCAACACCAAUCCACAACAACUUAAUAAUGAUAGUUAUUAUUUUCAAAAUAAAACUUAAAUAAAAAAAAUCAUAAAAUUUGUGUAACUGUUAUUAAUGGCAAAUCGAAACAAAAUAUUCUAUGGUAGACAUAAAUGAUCAUAAAACCACUUUAUCGGUGAGGAUUCCUUACCGUAUUAAAAAGAGAGUAAAAGAAGAGAGUUUGUGACGGUAAUGUAAGGGUAUCUUUGGGUGAAUCCACUACGUCAUCUCCAUCCCUCCUUAGCUGGAUUUCAACCCCACUUUGACCCACCAAACUCCGCCGUCCUUAACAUAUAUUUAUCCCCUUCUCUCUCUCUCUCUCUCUCUCUCUCUCUCCCUUUUUUGUUAUUUUUUAUUAUGUUUCGGUAAACAUUGUUAAAACUUAAAAACCAACCAACAGCAAAAACCAUAAGCCCUUUCAGACACACACAGACAGACCAGACCAAACCAAAGCCAGUAUAAAAUGUCCAAACUCUCUUACCUCUUCUCUCUUUCAACCUUUUUAACCUCUUCUAUCUAGAUUUGGCUUCUCCAUUUUUCCAUAUUCACUUCCACAUUCCAAAAACCAAAAACCCAAACCACACACCACCCCCACCCAAAAAAAGGAAGGAAAAAAAAAAAAAAAAAAAACUUUUCCAGCCUCUUUAAUUGAAAUUUGACUCUUUUGACCAUAUAUCACACCCCCAACUCUCUCUUCCUAUUCUUCUCCUUCCCUUCCUCUGUACACACACAUAAUAUAUAUAUAUAUAUAUACACACCCAACGCUCUCCUCUCCUUUCUCCCAUUUCCCCCCCAAAAAAAAAAAAACAAGGCUCUCCUCUCUCCCAAAAGCCCACCCCCAGCCCUCCCAAUCCAACGUUAUUAAAAAGCAAAAUAAAUUUUUUUUUUUUUUUUCAAAAGAAAAAAUUUUGAGUAAUAACAGCAACAAUUAUGAAUACCUUUGUCACCUUCCUACAGCCACUGGCUCCUUACCUUUUCUCUCUUUUUCUUCUUCUACUUUUCUACGAGCAGAUCUCUUAUCUAAGAAAGAAGCGCUCCUUUCCAGGUCCUUCACUCGUCCUUCCUUUCUUCGGCAACGCCAUAUCAUUGGUCCGCAACCCAACCAGGUUCUGGGACCUCCAAUCCUACUAUGCCAAGUCAUCCCCUUCCGGUUUCUCCGUUAACUACAUCAUCGGCAGGUUCAUCGUCUUUAUCCGUGAUACUGAGCUCUGCCACAAGAUCUUCGCCAAUGUACGCCCUGAUGCUUUCCUCCUUGUGGGCCAUCCUUUUGGGAAGAAGCUUUUCGGUGAGCACAACCUUAUUUACACCAUGGGUCAGCACCAUAAGGACCUCCGCCGUCGGAUCGCUCCCAACUUCACUCCCAAGGCUCUCUCUACCUACACCUCCCUGCAGCAGAUUAUAAUCCUUGACCAUCUCAAGAAAUGGGAGAGCCUUUCUUCACUCUCUCACUCUCCCAUCGCUCUUAGGCUUUUGGCUCGCGAUAUGAACCUCGAAACUUCGCAGACCGUCUUUGUGGGACCCUAUCUGGGAGUGGAAGCCCGCCGGAGGUUCAACUUCGACUACAAUUUCUUCAAUGUGGGACUCAUGAAGCUUCCCAUCGAUCUCCCCGGCACGGCCUUUCGAAACGCCAGGCUCGCCGUCGGACGGUUGGUCGAGACCUUGACCGGCUGCGCCGAGCAGAGCAAGGCCAGCAUGGAGAGAGGGGAGGAGCCCUCGUGUCUCGUCGAUUUCUGGAUGCAAGAGUCGCUGAAGGAGCAGGCGGCGGCGGCUGAAGCCGGCCAGCCGGAGCCGGAUUUGAAGAUCGGAGCUCACCUGUUCGAUUUCCUCUUUGCGGCGCAAGACGCCUCGACGUCGUCGUUGCUUUGGGCGGUGACGCUACUGGACUCGCAUCCGGAAGUUCUCGCUAAGGUGAGGGAAGAGGUGGCCGGGAUUUGGUCUCCCGAAUCGGACUCGCUGAUUACGGCGGAGCAGCUGAUGGAGAUGAAGUACACGCAGGCGGUGGCGCGUGAGGUGAUAAGGUACCGAGCUCCGGCGACGCUGGUGCCGCACAUAGCAGCGGUUGAUUACCCACUGACGGAGUCGUUCACGAUUCCCAAGGGGACCAUCGUUUUCCCCUCGACUUACGAGUCGUGCUUACAGGGAUUUACCGAGCCGGACCGGUUUGACCCGGAUCGAUUCUCGUGCGAGAGACAGGAGGAUCGGCUUUAUAAGAGGAAUUACCUGGCCUUUGGAGCUGGGUCCCACCAGUGCGUGGGGCAAAGGUACGCUUUAAACCAUCUCGUGCUGUUCAUAGCGAUGUUCUCAACUCUGUUGGAUUUCAAGAGGCACAGAACGGACGGCUGCGAUGAUAUAGCUUUUGUCCCCACAAUCUGCCCCAAGGAUGAUUGCAGAGUUUUCCUGUCUAGGCGUUGCAGGCGAUACCCUCUCCUUUCUUUACGUUAGAAACCCCAUCCCCCAUCCUUUUUUUCCUUGUAAAGGUCAACGGUACUGAUUUGUCAGCACCCAAAGAAAAAAAAAAAAAAAAAAAAAAAGGAAAAGACCGUAAACAGUUACGUGGGGAUGGAGCUUUAGCAUUGUAAGUUUUUUUUUUUGGGCCACGUUUCGGGAGUUAAAACGGUGAAAAGAUUUUUAUUUUGUAAUUGUUUUGAUUUGCUGUUGGGUUGUGUAUUUUUUUGUUUGGGGGAGAUGAUGGAUGGCUAGGCAUAAGGAUUCUUUUUGGAGGAGUUGCGUAGUGGGGUCAUUGUUUGGUGGACAACAAUUGGGGUGUGCGGUGUGAACGUGACGUGUUUUAUUGGAUUUAUUUGAUAAAUAAAUAAUUAAAAUUUUGUUUAA